AUGCAGCAGACGCCCUUUCGUCCCGCCAACCCUAACCGGAGUGGCUCGUAUGAGCUUCCUCCGGUGCAGUCAGUGACUGGCGCAUUCCCUCCCGCCCCGGGGUUACCCUCUGCUCCGCCAAGUCGACCAGACAGCGGAAUGCGAAUGGCCCAUCUGUUGCAGCCGAUGCCACCGAUCCAACACUCUCAACAGCCAUUGCCACAAGCGUCGUCGUUGGCGCAAGCAUCGCUCCCGCCGCCUCCACCGCAGCAGAUGUCUGCGCCGGGUCCGACUCCUGCCCCAUCAACUUCACCUUAUGCGCGAUUCUAUGAUUCGGCCUCGGGAUCUCCUGCAGAGAGCGGUGGUCUCCCUGAUGCGCCUCCAAUGGUAUCGGUACUGGGAGGCCCAGGAAUGUAUCAAACGAGCCCGGUUGGGCUUCAGCAGUCGACUCCCACUCCGCUGCAGCAGAAGAGAGCUUAUCGGCAACGCAGGAAAGACCCUAGCUGCGAUGCCUGCCGAGAGCGCAAGGUUAAAUGCGAUGCGACAGAGACGUCUAAUUGCACGGAGUGUAUUAACCGCAAGGUUCGCUGUUUGUUCACCAAGGAGACGAAUCGGCGCAUGUCCUCGAUCAAACAGCUUCAAGAUCUCGAGAAACAACUGCAAUCGACGAAGCAGCAGCUCCAACAAGUUCGAUCCGGUAUGCUUCGACCAGACGGCAUGAUGGAUAUUGAGGAAUCAUCGACGGCACCGAUAAUCAAGCUACCCGAGAUUGAAUAUAAACCACCCAGACGACCGAAGGCGCUCAUAACGCAAGACUUGUCCGACGUACGAUCGAACUUGCGUCAGCAUGGCCGUGGGAUUUUGAAGGUUCCUUAUCCGCAUCAGCAACACAGCUCCAAAUCGGUGGUGCCAGGCGAGGCAGCGCCUCAAUUACCCCCAAAAGAGGUUGCCGACCACCUCCUUGCUCAGUAUUAUCAAUGCAUUCACUCGCUUCUUCCGGUCCUGCACUGGCCCGAGUUUAUUGAAGCGUAUGAGAAGGUGUAUCAAACGGGAUCUUUGGCGGGAGUGUCCAGCGAAUGGGCUGCGGUAUUAUUCGGGGUUUUCGCAUGCGGUGCAGUUCACACAGUCGAGCCGAAUCGAGAAGAAGAGGGCAAGAAGUUUGUUCGCAUCUCUUGUGGGAUCAUCGAUGUGUGGCAGGACGAGUUCAACCUGGACCGAGUGCGGGCAGCUUUGCUUGCCAGCAUCUUCCUCUACGAAGUCAACUCCAAGUCCGCCAGCUGGGUCUGGAUUGGCUCAGCAGUGCGCGUCGCGCAAGAGAUUGGACUUCAUAUUGAGUCAGGGCCAUGGCCUGAGCUGGAAGGGGAAAUGCGCAAACGCAUCUGGUGGGGCUUGUAUACUUAUGACCGACUUUUGGCUCUCGAAAUGGGCAAACCAGUCUUGAUCAAUGACCAGGACUGCGAUAUCGAUCUGCCCUGCCCCGUGGACGACCAGUCCGUCGCCCAGGGCAAAACUCAUGAAGACCAGCAACACGCGCCAUCCCCCUUACUCGCCACCAUUCACGUUGUUCGCUCUAUCGGCCAGCUCACGCGCACCCUCCGCUCCACCUCAAUCAGCUACCCAACACUCGAGACUUUCGAACGCCACUUCACCAUUUGUCGCACGACUUUCCCCGCUCACCUCCAACUCAAACAAGACACUGACCUCGACCCCCGAUCCCUCGCUCCGAUAAUCUACCUCCAAAACGCCCGACUCCUCCUUCAUCGCCACAACAUCUCUCCAUAUUGCCAACCCGGCGUCCGUAUAGCUGCCGUGGACUACUGUGUCUCAAUAGCAAUCGAUACCGCCAAUAUCCUCUCACGCUGCAUGCGAAGUCACGCGGGGACUGGGGAUUGGCGAACCCUCUUUGCCUCGAGCGCAGGAACUCUCCUCUGUACACAUAUCUGGCGCUGCGCGCUAUUCCUUCUCUUCCGGCAAGAAUUCGCCCCAGCAUUAGCUUGUGUGCAGGCCAGCGCUGCCGUAGGCGAUGAUCGCGCGGUAAAUGCCGCUUGUGGUCGGUACUUGGCAUUCUUCGUCCGAUGCCUCCUCGAUCGUUCCCAACCAGGCGAUGUUGUGAGUCCCGAACACGACGAGGCGAUGAUGGCCUAUGUAUCUGGGGAUAUGCAGGGAACUGCAGAUGGCAGCUGGGUCUGGCAGGGUAGCGAGACUGGAGCGAAUCUCGAAAAUAUCUCCGGGCGGUCUGUUCCGGGGCCGGUUCAGACAGACUCGCAAUGGGAGGGGUGGGAUUGGGUUGAAAAGACCGUUGCCCAUCUAUUUGGCGAGAAACAGCGUCGUGACUAUGAGCGUCGCGAUGUUGCCAUGGAGUCCAGAUCCGAGUCUUCUGCUAUGCUUGCGCCCCAGUCAGCCGGGUCGGAUACGACGGAACGACGGUCCAGCUCUGCUCAUUCGCGUAUGACUAUUGCUAGUAUUAUCUGA